GUUGUUGUUCUCCCUUGGAAGGAAGUUUUACACCAUGAUUUGGGCAAGAGCAGUUUGGAUAGAGAAUUAUGAGGAAAUAGAAGAUGUUGUGCCUAGAAAGUGGAUAGAUACAGAAAAAAAAUUGUUAUUCUGGCCUGCAGGUGUAUCUUAUCGAAGAGCUGUUAAAGAAGAAAUGGAUGUGGAUGAAACAUGGAACAAAUAUAAACUUAUUAAAAUUAAAUUUGAAAGUGAUAAUAUGGAGGAGCUGAAAGAAUAUUGUUACACCACUGCAGCAGAGGAGGAAGAUGUAGUAGAUAUUUGUGUUUCCAAAAGUGCCUUUAAAUUGAAAAAGUUACCUGAUUUUCCUUUGCCUCCACCAGUUUUUAAAUCUGUGGAGAAAAAUCCAUUAAAGAGAUCCUUUGACUUUAGUUUAUCUCCUGGUUCUACUUCUUUCAAACAAUCAAAUCUGUGUUCUUUGUCAGACACUUUUUUACCUCAACAUUCAAUUACAGAGGAACAAUCUACAUCUUAUUCUGGUACAUUAUUUUUAUCUCCCGAAUCUCAAGAAUCCAAAAAAAAGCUUCUGAAAACAGAUGUACAAAAAACUGCGCUUGUACCAGAGAAGUUAGUUAAAAAUCAAUUUCCUAUGGAAGUUGGAAAAUACCAGCACAUGAUUUUCAAGAUGCUUUCAAAGGGUUUUGAAAAGCAAGAGCUUAUUUUAGCAUUAAACAAGCAAUCACAAAGUAAUAUUGCAAUUAAGCAGUUAGAAACAAUUGCAGAGUUUGAGGACUUUAACAAAAGUUUAGUGGAUGAUUGUGUUAGACUUGAUUUGGUUAAACAACUCAGUUUUUUAUGUGCCGAAGAUUUUAAACAACUGACAAGAUUGGUCAUGAAUAGAUUAUUUACAAAUACCCUGUUGACACAGUUCAACUUAAAAGGUUCUGGCGGAAAGAUUGGUUUACAUUCAACCAAACUAUAUGAUGUAAUAGAAGAAGUAGUAAAAAGAAGGUUUGAAAAGGUUUCAAAUGCUGAAAUUAAAGAGCAAAUUGGACGUUUUUGUAAAAAUGCUCCUUCGCGGGAAAAAAAUAAAUAAAACGAAUUAUUCUUUUUUAUUUUUUCUGUAAAUUUUCAUAUAGAAAUCUUUUUUAUUUUGUGUAAAUUGUUAUAUAGAAAGAUAUUAAUUAACAAUCCAA